GUUACUUCGGCAUGGGAAAACAAGCCAGCAAAGCAAGAAAAAGAAGAUGUGAUAUUAUUAAAGGUUGUCCCUCCUUUGGACCGGGCAUACAUAAGAUGGCUUGCUAGAGAUGUCGCGAGAAUUCAUGGCUUUACUCCUAAAGGUAUUCGUGCUGUGAAGCCUCCAGAUCAUUAUAUUGAAUACAUGCAGUUGAAUGGAUGGUUGGAUGUGAGUUUGGAUGAUCCUGAUCUUGCCCAUUUAUUCAGGUAGACUGUUUCCUUGUUGGCUAAAUGAUAAAAACACCAAAAGGGAAAACAAAGACAGCGAAGUUGUGUCAUGUAGACUACCCAGGAAUUAAUGCUUCAUUAAGAUUUCCUACACUGUAUAGCAGCUAGUCAAGUAGCAAAAGAGUAACUGUU